GAUUGAUUCAAUUGAUUGAAUGGAAUUCGUGCAAUGGGAACGAGCGAAUUAUUGGGGUUUCAAAAGGGAUUUGGACAGACUGUCUAUUCUCUCUUUCCAUUUUUUUAGAGACAUAAUUCAUUUAUCCCUUCGAUAAGGUUAAUCUCGAAGAUAAACAGGGAAAACAAUACAAACACACAAAAUGGUCUCAACACGCAGACAUCCCUCUGAAUUUCCCGAAACCCCCAGUCGCACGCCCACGAUCCCCUCUCGCAAUCCUCUCCGCAAAGGACAAUGGGCUCAUACCCCCUCCAACCUCACGAUCAUUUGGCUUUGCAUCUCUCUCCCGCUCGUAGCGUGGGAUGCUGGAUAUGUGAUGCUUCGGCCUCUUUCCAUGCCCGGAGGAUCACUCCAUUGGCCAGUCUGGGCUCCAUAUGAACUAUAUGGAAAGGUCGAUUAUAUAUAUGGAUGGAAGGCGUUCAAUGACCACAAUGGAUUUACGAUGGCGCAGACAUUUUUGAAUAUUAUUGAGAGUUUGAUGUAUUACUACUAUUUGUAUAUUCUAUAUGCUUAUGGGAAAUCAUCACCGGCUCAGGGAAGAGGUGCUCCUAAGAAUUCGGGAAAGGUUGGAGAGCAGAGAUCUGUGGAUGGGAAGAUGGGGGCUUUGGCUGUUGUGGUGGGUUAUAGUGCUGCGGUUAUGACGGUCAGUAAGACGGUGUUGUACUGGAUGAAUGAGUACUACUCGGGGUUUGAGAAUAUUGGUCAUAAUAGUAUUCGGGAUUUGAUUUUCUUAUGGAUCAUUCCAAAUGGUGCUUGGAUAGCUGUCCCUUCAUAUAUCAUAUAUGUCACCGGAAGUGAAAUUCUUCAAGGUUUGACAAUAGCUGCUGGUGGAGCUACGGCUUCGAAUGACGAUAUCUCGGUAAAGAAGGAGUAGAUGAAAGCCCAUGAUAUAUACGAAGGCAUUUGACCUUGGAAAGAGAUGUUUGCAUGAUUUUCAGUUAUACAUUUAAGACGAACAGCGUACUGCGAUGACGAGAUACCAUGACAGUAAAGCACAUAUUUGCAAGUAAUAAUAAGUCAUGGAAAUACUUUUAUUCCUUGCUCAAAAUCAAGAAUCGAGGUCUCUUGACAUUUUCUGUUAAAUACAGUAACAUAAUUUGAACAGAAUAAUAAUCCACCAUAAAGAAUGUAAUCGUAUACUACGGCGUAACUAAAACAAUUGCACAUCAGAAAUAGAAAGUCAAGAACAUGUUGACCCAAUGAUCUUAUUAGCUGUGUAAAGUAUAAGUUACA